GUAACCUGACACUUAGGCCGGGGGUGGCAUUUGAAAUACACUGCAUCUGGGUUUACACAAACAGUCAAUUUGAAGAGGCUAGAACACACAGCCAGAUCUCGGAUUAAGGAAAACUUCGUGUAUAUAAGGUUCUCACUGUAGAGUUGGCUAGCUAGCAGCUGGAAACGAGUCGACUUGAAGUGGUUAAUGUUAAACCCUUAGCUAGCUAAUUUAGCUCCGGGCCGUUAGCUCACAGAAUUCCAAAGGCACCAUCAGGAAAGAGUGUUGUGUCAACGUAUUUGGCCAUAACGGAUAGUAGUGACUCUGAUGCUAGUUAACGUUAGCCCAUAUACAAAAUAACUGAGUCUGGUACCUCGGAUAGUAAAGAAAGGUAGCUAGUUAGCUAAUCAUUUCUCAACUAGAGUUUUGUUGUGGAGCUAGCGAGUUAAUUUACGUGGCUUGUUGUGGACCUGGUUAUUCAUUUCAGAACUACUAACGGGGGCUUGUUGUGCCAGCUAACGACGUUAGUUAGCCCUGGAUACGUCGACUGUCCACUCUUUGCAGUUUAAACCACUAACGACAUGGGUCUUAUAUUUGCCAAACUGUGGAGUUUCUUUUGCAAUCAAGAACACAAGGUGAUUAUUGUCGGGUUGGACAAUGCUGGAAAGACCACCAUACUGUACCAAUUUCUGAUGAACGAGGUGGUCCAUACCUCGCCCACCAUCGGGAGUAAUGUGGAGGAGAUAGUGGUGAAGAACACCCACUUCCUCAUGUGGGACAUCGGGGGACAGGAGUCUCUCCGCUCCUCCUGGAACACCUAUUACUCCAACACAGAGUUUAUCAUCUUGGUGGUGGACAGCACAGACCGAGAGAGGCUGGUGAUCUCUAAAGAGGAGCUCUAUAAGAUGUUGGCUCAUGAGGACCUAAGAAAGGCAGCUUUGUUGAUAUUUGCCAACAAGCAGGAUAUGAAGGACUGCAUGUCGGCGGCGGAAAUCUCCAAAUACCUCACCCUCAGCUCCAUCAAAGACCACCCCUGGCACAUCCAGUCGUGCUGCGCACUCACAGGAGAAGGCUUAUGCCAGGGCCUGGAGUGGAUGACCUCGAGGGCGGGACUAAGAUAGCCCCUUCUCCCUCGUUGGAUGUUGAACUGACUGACUACCGUUCUCACCUAUCUGGUGUUCUCAGCCUCUCCCUAUUGGCUUCUUAAAAACAAAACAAAAUUGUUCAAUUUUGAGCUUAAGGCUGCACGGGAAGCAAGUGUUGCGUCUCUCCCUGCUACAUCAACUUGACCUCGCCUGGGUUGUGUUCAUUCAGCACCAAACAGAAGAAAACAAACCAAAACAGGGAGGGACUUCCAGAACUUGUCCAAUUAGAAAUGCUCCUUUCCAUUACGUUUUUGCUACGGUGUGCUGUAAUGAAUACCACACUAUUAUAAGGUCCUUGUUAACUGGACCCUCUUACUAAACCACAUGGACUUUUUGCUACCUGGAUGUGAUCAAGCUGAUAGUAAACUGCAGUAGAACCACAGCCAGAAAGAACACUUCUCCUCUAAGACUGGAAUACUAAGUGUCCACUUGAAGCGAUGGACACACCAUCACCACUACAUAUCAUGAUUAUAUAUCAUAAUGCCAUAUUAGGACCUGGAUUAACAUUUAGGUCUCUUGAAUGUUCUGUGCGGAAGUGUUUCAUCAAUCAUGUAUUCAUUUGUCUGUCUAUUUUGAUGCCUACUAUACAGAGGCCUAUACCAAACAGUGUUUACCUACUCACUUAUGGUAGUCAGGUUAACUUACUUAGGUUGGGGAAAGGAAGGGGUUUAUCAUGGUGAAUGGACACCGGGUAGUAUCAGUAACACUGGUAUUCUAUGUUGGUUACAGGAGUGGAAGUCUGUUACAAUACAUGUGUUUUGGUUUAGGCCUAUGUGUGCAGGAUGGCAUGUUCAAGAUAUUUUUAACUACUUUUUGGUGUGUUUUUUUUAUUUCCUGGUGAGUUGUCGUCGGGGCUUAUUAUACAUGGUCAGAGGGUUCUGUUCAAAAGUAGUGCCCUAUAUAGGGUGCCGUUUGGGAUGCACACUGGGUACAAGCCUCGUGGUGCUUGUUUCUUUGACUGUGGGAGCCAAUGUAUUAUUGGGAAUAGUCGUAUUGCAUUUGACUUCUCAAGCGAAUGUCGCUGGGAUCUGUUUUUCUUAGCACUCAUUCACACCGGAAACAAAUGGGGUGCUAACUAGUGCUGAGCGAUCAACCAAAAUGUUGUUUAUUUUUUGUUUUUUAAACCGCUAAUUGACCAACUUUGGUUCAAUUAUUUGAAUUCCAUAUAAUCUAGCCCGAUCUGUGCGACGUAUUUUCCAAAAGGCCAAUAUUCAUAGUUUAGUGCAGAAAACGUGAUAAUUAACUACAAUGACCAUUAUGCAUAAUCCUACUUUUCAGUUUUUUUUUUCGUUACUCCUGCUAUGUUAGGUUAGUGUGGGGCAGACACUUAGACCGAGAAAUGCAUGAUCAAGAGGGAUAGAGAGCAGUUGCUUCGUGAGGUAUCUACCUGAAAAUGCAUUUAUCUAAGUGAUUGAUAGUAUGCCUUAUUUCCAUUGAAGAACUACUAAAAUAGUGGGUUUUUUUUUUGUCAGACAGCAUAGGCAGCAGCUCUUUAGAGAUGAGGAGAUUUGGAAUUAAAGUCAUCAAAUAAAACAAAUGUAAUAUACAGAAUGAAAUAUUUUUAAGUAAUUAAGUGAUACGCAGUAAAUUGGCAGUCACUACUAAUAAUGGGAAUUUUAAUAAUUGUUUUCUGUUAACAUUUAACCCACAGUGCAUUUAAUGUUAAAAUUGUAUCAACUGAAAACUGUGAUUAUUGGAAAAAAAAUAAUCAAACCGAAACCAUACAGACCUCAAAUGCAGUAAUCGCUCGGCACUAGUGCCAACCAACCACUACCGUGGUAAUAUCAGUGUUCAAAGCUCAAGUUUCAUACCAGUAUUGUACACAUGUCGAUGCAGCAUUUUGAUUAGAUUAUUUUAGCAUUUUGUGUAUACACAUCUCAAGUAUGUGUUGAGAUGUCGAACUGAGCAGGUCAGUAAUUGCAGCUACGUUUGUUAGUGUAUCACCUUAUUCUGACAGAAAUGACUCCUUAGAGUUAAAGUAGCCUGAGUGUCAGUCUGUUUGUGCUAUCACACCACCUCCUUGUUUUAGCUUGACAAGGACAUCAAUGGAGUUUGCAAAAGCACUAAUGGAUCUGGGACCAAGCAAGCGUUAGAUAUAUGGUAGUCUUUGUGCAUUUUUGACUGCAGUGUGUCGGAACAUGCCAUCCAGUCCCCAUCAGCUUAUGUUGCGUACCCUCAAAACAGCUAGCCUGAUCCCAGAUUUGUUUGGGUUUUAGCCAACUUCUCUAGUUAGAGAAAUUGGCUGAAGCACACAGGUCUGGGACCAGGCUACUGACAGGCCUCAAAAGGAGUCAGGGUUAGGGCUUCUCCUGUGUCAAAUGUGCCACAUGUCAGACAGACUCGCAUGUGAAUGAAUGGGAUGUUGAUGUUCUUCUUAUGUCAAUGUCUGUCUGCUUGCCCUGACAAUAUUUUAUCCCUUGUUCCCGCUGUAUCAAGAUUCUCAGAGUCUAGAAUCAGCCCCAUUCCACAAUAUUACUCAUUGUGGAUGGAACCACUAAAUUGAUCCUAAAUUGGCACUCCUACUCUGAGAAGCAUGCUACAUAUGGCCUCUCACCACCAGGAUUUGUUACGACAUUGGCCUGAUGGGUGAGUUCUUUUAAAUAGCUAACAGAUCUAUGCACGUGUCACUUUGCAGGUGUGUGUGUGUGUGGUGAAGUCGAGGAAACAACUUCAGUCUUUUCAUUGGGACUAGAUUCAGAGUAGCUCAGGGUCCGGUUUCCCCAAAGUACCUUAAGGCUACGUUCAUCAUUAGGACCUUCGUAGGAGCAUCGUUAAAUCUCUUAAGCUGUUUCCCAAAACCACCGUUUUAAUAAAGCUGCUCUUUAACACUUAUUUACCCACGACAUCAGGCCACUUGUAGAACAGCUAAGAAUGUCGUUAGAUGCUUUUUUUUUUUGCCGUUCUGCUUGACUUUAAAAGAUAAAUACAGUAUAGGCUACAGACCUAAUAUACUGUAUUUGAAUAUAUAGCUAAUUGUAGACUAGCCUUCCGUCUAAUAUUUGCCAAAUCUUGAUUUAGUGCGUUUUUAUAGGGUAAACAUUAGAAUAAGCCGCCUCAAUAUUUGUAGCCAUAGACAAUAAAUAACAUCUCUCUAGGAGCUGAUCCCUCGUCAGUAAUUCUAAUGUUAAGAUUGGAAAGGCAGAACGCUGCUCCGAGAAGGGCAGUAUCAACACAGGCCAUAACAUACUCUGUGGUGGUUUGUGAAAAGCAUGUUAUAGCUUUGACUGUUGUAGGGCUAGAUUAAAACGGUCAUAAGCCUAAGUUUCAGUGGGAAACUGGGCCCUGGUCCAUCGCGCGACAAGUUACAAAGCGCAGUGGCAUCCACCCUGGUCCGGGAGAGUAUCUGAGUCCACUGGUUUUAAUUGACACACAGUUAGCAUUAUGUGAAACCGAUGGACCCAGGAUGUGUCCCAAAUGGCUCCAUAUUCCCUAUAGUUACUACUAGCAGUAGAGGGCCAUUUGGAAUUGGGACACAUACCCAGUCUCUUGAGAAUCAUAGUGCAUUCCAUUGGUCCAUCUAGUGCUUUAUACUCUGUCAGACAGUGGAAUGGUCAGACACUUGAAUCAGGAUGAUAAUCACAUGUAUGAUCUGGGUUGCACAUUUCAGUUUUAUUUUUAAAUAAAAUAUUGUAUUUUGAAA